ACCACUCUGACAUAGUUCACGAACCUCCACGUGCUUCAGUGCCGCACGUCACGCCAACAAACAACACAACAAUGAAGCUCCUGGUCGUUGUAUCCGCCGUGCUGUCCCUGACGACGGCUCUGCCUCAGAGGAGAGUGUCGCUCAAGCCUGAGUCGCAGCAAGCGGACGACCAACAAACUGCCGAGCAGAACUACAACAACUUCCAGCAACAGGAAUACAACAGACAACAACAGCAAGAAUACAGACAACAGCAACAACAACCCGCCAGACCCAUUGAGGACUUCAGGCCCAAGGUGUCGCUCGAGACUACCACGUUCAUUCCUAUCAUCCGCUUCGAUAAGGAGCAGGGUACUGACGGAAGCUACAAGACUGCAUACGAGACUGGCAACAACAUCCAGGCUGAAGAGCAAGGCUUCCUGAAGAACGUUGGAGAGAACCACGACGCCCUGGUACAGAGUGGCUCGUACUCGUACACCGCCCCCGACGGCCAGGUCAUCAACGUCGAGUACACUGCUGACGAGUUCGGUUUCAGAGUCAAGGGCGACCACAUCCCCACCCCUCCCCCCGUCUCCGCUGAAAUCCAGAAGGGGCUCGACCUCAUCUACGCUGGAAUCAAGGCCAACCAGGAGCGAGCUGCAAUUGAAGCCAAGAACAACCCAGAGGCCGCGCGGCAGCAGGAAGAGAAGGCCGCCCUCGACUACAAGGGCCUCUACUACCAGAACUAACUGGCCCCUAGUUUAGUGUGUGAACAAGGACUGAGCAGAACUAACGUGAUCACUAACCAUGUGGAACUAGAAGGUUCUUGGUAGGGUAAAGGUUUUCCAUUGUUAGAAUGAGAGACAACACAAUGUUAAUACUGAAGAUGGAACAUUUAUUAUCUUUAUUUUAAUUAUAUUGCGUUGUCCUGCCCAUUUUGAGGAAUGGAAAAUUUUAUUGGAACCAAGAUAUUCUCUUUACAGACGUCACUGUUGUAUGGUGUUAAACAUCAAUGUGACGUCAUAAGUGGCUAUCUUGUUGUACUCUACCAUUUUUGUAUGAUCGUAGACUAUCUCAAAAACAGUUUAAAUUUAAUUCUUUGUUAAGUUUAAUAUGCCAUGAAGACUAGAAUAGAAUUAAACUUAAUAUAGAGUCAAAUUAUAAGGUUAAUAGACUCAUUUAGGCAGAGAUAAAAUGAAAAAAAGCAAAGAUAAUACAGUUUUAGGGACACCUACGACUUUAUUUGAAAUUGUUCCUUGUUAAAUUAUUGUCAAGAUGAGGCUAUAAAUUCAGGUGUUACUUGUUUUAAUACUCAAUACAAUAUAAGAUAGAUAUUAUGCUGCUAAAUUUAAGAAUCCCAUAGUAAGUACGAUCAUACAACAAAGAUCAGAUACGAGAUUGUUUCUCUUUAUACUUUUGUACAUAAUACCUAUUAAGUUAUCUUAUUCUUGAUACGUAAAUAAAAUGUUAAAUAUUUAA